AGGAUCAGUGUGUGUAAAGGGUGAUAGUAACAGAUGGACCCAAGGAGCUCUCUACCCCAAGUCGACCUGCAAGGCCUCCAGGGACCCACUUGCCAACAGCUGGACUUGAUCACUGGCUUGCAAAGUGAGAUCACGCAUCUGGUGGAAUAACAAGCAGGCUUUGCUCUCUGGCUGUUUGUAGAGGAUUUUCACAGCAGUGGCUAGAAAGUAGAAGGCCACUAUCUGGACCCUUGAGUUUUCUUAGAAAGGCACAGCACAGGGGAUUCCACCCCUGGGUGGUUUGCAGGACAGUGAUGGCCCUUCGGCAAGCAUCUGCUCUCCUGGUUCUAUUCCUUGCGUCUCUUCGGCUCCCGCCACAGUGUGCCCAGGACCCGGCCAUGGUGCACUACAUCCACCAGCGCUUUCAAGUCUUGGAGCAAGGACUGGAGAAAUGCACCCAGGCAACGAGGGCAUACAUUCAAGACUUCCAAGAGUUUUCAAAAAACAUAUCUGUUAUGCUGGGAAGAUGUCAGACCUCCACCAGUGAGUAUAAGAGUGCGGUGGCAAACCUGGCCCUGAGAGUCGAACGCGCCCAACGCGAGAUAGACUACCUGGAGUACCUGCGGGAAGCUGAUGUGUGCGUGGAAUCCGAGGACAAGGCCCUGGCAGAAAAGCUCAUCCAAGAGGCUGAAGAAGAGAAAAAGAUCCAGACUUUGCUGAAUGCAAGCUGUGACAACAUGUUGAUGGGCAUAAAGUCUCUGAAAAUAGUGAAGAAGACUACGGAUACACACGGCUCUUGGAUGAAAGAUGCUGCCAGCAAUUCCCAGAAGGUUUAUUUCCUACUUGGAUCCAGAAACAAAACUCUGUGGGAAUUUGCAAACAUGCGGGCAUUCACAGAGGAUAGCACCAAGCCAGCCCCGCGGAAGCUCAUCCUAACGCAUUCCUGGCAGGGAACAGGCCACGUGAUCCACAAAGGUUUUCUGUUUUUUCACAACCAAGGGACUCUCAAUGAGAUAAUAAAGUAUAAUCUUCAGAAGAGGACUGUGGAAGAUCGAAUGCUCCUCCCGGGAGGGGCAGGCAGAGCGCUGGUCUAUCAGCACUCCCCGUCCACAUACAUUGACCUGGCUGUGGAUGAGCAUGGGCUCUGGGCCAUCCACUCAGGGCCAGGUAUCUACGGCCAUUUGGUUCUCACAAAAAUUGAACCUGGUACGCUGGCAGUGGAACACUCAUGGGACACCCCCUGCAGAAGCCAGGAUGCCGAAGCCGCAUUCCUUUUGUGUGGGGUUCUCUAUGUGGUCUAUAGUUCUGGUGGCCAUGGCCCUCAUCGUGUCACCUGUGUCUUUGACCCGCUGGGCACUAUUGGUGAGGAGGAUCUGCCCAAACUGUUCUUCCCCAGGCGACCAAGAAGUCAUUCCAUGAUCCAUUAUAACCCCAGAGAUAAGCAGCUCUAUGCCUGGAAUGAUGGAAACCAGAUCAUUUACAAAGUCCAGACAAAGAGAAAGCAACCUCGGGAGUAAUACAUUACAGCAAGGAGGGAAAGCACUGUGGCUGCGGACGCUGCUCUCCAGAACAUUGAGGCCAUAGCCCCUUUACAAUAUCGUAUCCCUCUGAUCAAAACAGGCAUAGGGCGUAGAAGCGGGCUUGCAUAUGCAUCCUUCCCUGGAUGUUGUGGCCUGAGGUAUCUUCCAAGACCUUAGAUGAGAGUCUGUCAUUCAGACAUUUUCCACUUCCAUCACCCGUCCAAACCUGCUGGCUCUAAGGUCUUCCAAGGCCUUCUCAAGGCCUUCCACAUUCUGAUCUAGUGUAUGUCCAUCCUUUUCUUUACUCCCCUCAGCCAGGAAUUAGAAAUGAAGGCCACCUUCUAGUACUCCUGGCCUCCCUCCUGGCCUUUCCUGAAGCUCUUUCCUCUUUCAUAAAUGCCUGUCGAUAUUCUUCCAUUUGUCACUGGACCAUAAAAUACAAUCAAUCUCUUCCUGA